GAACUGGGUGCACUCGGAGGCUUCAGUUGAAAGCGCGACUUCGUGCGACGCGGUUGUGUCGCUCCGUCUUAGGGAAUACGCCGUGAGAUACUCAGAUACUCAGAUACCCAGAUACUCUGGGUAGCCGACAGGACUGUGAAAAUUGUGCGCCAUAGUGUUUGGAUUGGCAUGUGAGAAGUAGCGUUCGCGAUCGAGUAUAAAUAUUAUAUAAUUUAUGCGAACCAAUUUGGCGCGACGGUGUGCGAGUGCUCUUGACUUUGUUUGGAGCAACUGCAUCUGAGACUGGAGACUGGAACUGCAACUGGAAGCGCUGUCUCUGACAUUUGAUCUUUGCAAAGAUCACAUCACACUGCAUCGCAUCGGGUGUGUGUGCGGACGGGGAAGGACGGUCGAUCGUCGACCAUAUGGAAUAUAUUUUAGCACACCACCUACAGCGACAAUUAGUUUGUUCAAUUUAAGACUCUCCGAUUGCCAAGAUUGAAGCUCAACACCGCCGACCACCCUCAACAGUCCCAGCAGUCGCAGAAAACACAGCAAUCGGCGAAAUGUUGGCGCUAAUGAUCCCCACGCAUUCGCGACUUUUGGCCCUGGCUUUGUUCUGCUCGGCGUUAUUUUUGGCCAGUGAGGCGCAAAAUAGCAUCCAGGCAGCGAGUCCUGCCUCGCACCUAAUGCAGAAGACCUCGUUCUCCUGCGCCGGUCGUCCUGCCGGAUACUACGCGGACGUGGAGACGGGCUGUCAGGUGUACCACAUGUGCGACGGCCUGGGCAGGCAGUUCAGCUACACGUGCCCCAACACCACCCUCUUCCAACAGAGGAUGCUAAUCUGCGACCACUGGUACAUGGUCAACUGCUCCAAGGCGGAGAGCAACUACGCGGCGAAUCUCCUGAUUGGUCAGCGAGACAAGCCCUUUGUAAACGACGAGGAGAAUAAUUUACGCACCCCACGGCCAGACCUGCUGGAUCGGCCUUAUGCCCCAGACUACUCCGGCGAGUCCUUCCGAAGCCAAUACAAGCAGCAACUGUCGUCUAGCCCGAAUCAGAUUAGAGACGAAUCUCUCAAGGGCGGAAGUCCAGGAAAAUUCGACCCCCAAUCGUCGCAGACGCGUUGGCGCAUUCCGCCUCCCAGCCGGACCAUCUUGCCGCCCGCCUAUGAGCCACAGAUAGAGCUGCCAAGCAGCACUGUUAAGCCAAGGAUCACUACCACCACAACGACUCGCGCCACCACCACCACUGCCUUCACGACCACAACAACCCGCAGGCCAUCGGUGGCAACAAAACGCACAGAAGCUCUCCACACGAGGCGCCCCAGUUUCCAGGCAGUGGAAGUUCACGACACGGACGAUCUCGGAACUAGCCACAGCACUCGGUACAAUACCUCUGCUGACUUCAACUCCGCGGAGUCACCUUCCAAGCAGACCAGCACUAAGCUGGUGAAGUUCAUCAAGCCGCCCUCGAAGAUCUACGAGCCGCCCUUCGUCUACCCUAUCUACAAUCUUGAGGAGCCCCAGCCAAGCAGUGCUGUAAUCCCAGGAAUCCGCACAUCCACUGCAGCUCCAUUCAGUCCUGUUCCCAGUCGCCCGGAGACCAGUACCACGACUGCCCGACCAAUCAGCCGACCAACGACUUUGGCUGGCGUGCCCUUCUCCUUCGCAACACCACCCACUACUGCUAGCACUUUGGGAGCUCCCCCGCGUAGUGACAACCGAACUCCGGCGCCAGCGCAGAGCUUCCGCCUAGCCUCGCCCCCGACAACACCAGCCCCGCCGGCAUCACCUGCUCAGCUGCCCUUCAACGAUCUACUGCCGCCCUUCGUGGACUUUGUGCCUCACGAUAUAGCCACCACCCAAGGACCGCCCAUUUAUUACGAGUGGAAGAUUCCCUCGAACGGACUCGAGCCGCCAAAACUGGAUCCGCCUAUCGGUGUGGACGGCCGCGAGUAUCCAGAAACUGACGGUAACUACGGCACCAGCAAGUCGGAGAUCUUCAACACCCGGCUUAAUGACAUCACCACCCAUCAGAAGCCAUCAGUCCAGCAGUCGAGCACCAGCCGCCGAGUUCCCAUUUCACGAUCCAUCAAGGCCAAAGAGGAGGAGGCUCCGAAGCAGAAGCAGACGGCAGAGCGCCGCUCAGACGUGGUAACUAGCUCCACAGACAUAAGCCACCUUCGGAAGCAGUUGCUCAUCCCAGAGUACGCCUUCCCGCUGGAGUCCAUCGGACGCACAGGAUACGGGCCGGGCAGCGGAGUCGGAUCGGGAGCGGGAGGAGCUGGAUUCACCGGAGACCUAUACAACUCGUUCCAGCUGAAGAUUCCCGAGCAGCGGGCCAAGUGGUUCGGCGAGAACCCCAAGUGCCCGGAGUGCCAUCCCUCGUUUGUUCUUCCGGGCACCUGUGAGCCGUGUCUGCGCAGAUAGUCCCCUGUCCGUCUGCUCCCUUGCCCCACAUCCACAUGUCAUUAUCCGCAUCCGCAUUCGCAUCCGCAUUUGCUCCUAGCCCUAGUAUUAGCCGCCGCCGGAGAGAAGCAUCUACCACGCAUUUAAGUGUUAAUGUUAUUGUAUAUCCGCAGAUUAAUAAUUAAAGCUACGCAAAUAAUUUUGUAAAUUA